CGAGCCAGCCAGGAAGAAGCGGCGUGGCUGGAUGACAGACCUAGGAGGGUUGGCAACAGCGGAGGAUGGAGAAGAGGAAAAGCCCAUAUCCAAUAUUGAUAGCCUUCCUGUGAGAACAGGAGAGUACGUUUCAAGCCGCAUUGAGCCACAGAGAGACCUUUUGGGCAAUAGAGUCGAAAUAGUAGACAAGCUUGAAGAAGGCGAUAUCGGCGAGGUAAGCACAUCACCCGUAGUAUAAUAAUGUCGCCAUUUGCUCAAGGUGAAGGAGAGACCAUGCUGAAAUAGAUGUUUAUUAUGCUUCAGGCUUUCCAUGUCCAUGUAGACAGGGAUCAAGAAAUUCAGGAGAUGCGCUUAACUCUUCCUGUUUGCACAGAGGAGCAACAUAUCAUGGAAAAAAUCAUUUAUAAUGACAUCAUCAUCAUCAAGGGAGAAACAGGUUCAGGAAAAACAACUCAGGUACCCCAAUUCUUGUAUGAGGCAGGAUACGGUAAUCCCGACAGUCCCAACCCUGGCAUGAUUGGCAUCACUCAGCCUCGUCGUGUUGCAGCAGUAUCAAUGGCCGCUCGUGUCGCUAGAGAGCUGAACUUGCCAGCAUCAAAGGUUUCACAUCAAAUCCGCUACGAUGCCACGACAUCGCCUGAUACUGUGAUGAAGUUCAUGACAGAUGGUGUGCUACUACGGGAGCUCAAUUCAGAUUUCCUGCUACGCAGGUACUCUGCUAUCAUUAUUGAUGAAGCCCAUGAGCGCAGCUUGAAUACUGAUAUUUUGAUAGGUGCUCUCAGCCGUAUUGUGCGCCUUCGUCGUGAGGAGAGCAAGAAAUGUCGUGAGACAACCAAACCACUAAAGUUGAUCAUCAUGUCUGCUACCCUUGUCAUUGAAGAGUUCACAAAGAAUGAAAGACUUUUUGGUAGCCCUAACAAAGCCAAGAGAGCUACCGAUGGAGAUGAUGAUAAGGACUCGAAUGAGAUGAAAGAAGAGAUCAAGGACCUUGUUCCUGUUGUCAGCGUGGAUGUCAAGAAAACUUAUGGCGUUACUAUGCAUUUCAAUAAGAGAACACCGGAGAUAGACUAUGUCACAGAGGCGUACAAGAAAAUCACCAAAAUUCAUACUCGUCUGCCCGAUGGUGGAAUCUUGGUGUUCUUAUCUGGUCAGGCUGAAAUCAUGACACUCGUCAAAAAGUUACGAAAGAAGUUUCCUUUCGACAAUAAGGCGCCAAAGUUCGAGACCAAGCUUGACCGUAUGAGAAGAAGCAAGAAGGUCAAAACAGAUACCAGUGAUAAGAGGGAGGAAGAUUCAAAAGACGACGCUCCAGCCAAUCAGGCAUUGGAUCCUCGCAACGAAGACGUAGAGCUGGAGGACAUAGCACUAGGAGAAGCUGAGACUAUCCCCGAGAUUGAAGGCAUAGAAGAGGAUGAUGAAACAUUUGACUUGGAUGCUUCUGAUUCAGAAGAGGAGUUGCUUGAAGGAGAUGAGGUUUUGGAAGAGACUCCUGAUGCUGGAACUGCACCAUUAUACGUCCUCCCACUUUAUUCGUUGCUCAAAACAGAAGAGCAGAUGAAAGUCUUUCAACCUCCUCCACCUGGCUCAAGAAUGUGCGUUAUUGCCACUAAUGUGGCAGAAACAUCGAUCACCAUUCCGGGUAUCAAGUACGUAGUCGACAGCGGUAAAUCCAAAGAACGCCACUAUGAUAAGGAGACAGGUAUCCAGACGUUCCAGGUUGGAUGGACAUCCAAAGCCAGUGCCACUCAGCGUGCAGGUCGUGCAGGUCGUACUGGCCACGGUCAUUGCUAUAGAUUAUAUAGCUCUGCCGUGUAUGAAAACGAGUUCCCCACCGCGUCUGAGGCAGAAAUUCAGAAGAUGCCCAUCGAUGGUGUUGUACUGCAAAUGAAAAGUAUGCACAUUGACAAUGUCGUCAACUUCCCCUUCCCUACGCCGCCAAAUCGCGAGGACCUUCGACAGUCGGAACAACGCCUGAUUUAUCUGAAUGCUCUUGAAAAUACUAACAAAAAGAGUAUCACUGAGCUUGGCAAGACAAUGUCAAUCUUUCCUCUAGUUCCUCGUCUCGCCAAAAUGUUGACGCUUGCGCAUCAGGAGAAUUGCUUCCCAUAUGUAAUUGCUAUUGUCGCUGCGCUUUCAGUCGGUGAUAUCUUCGUAAAAGAAUUCCAAUUAGAUAUCUCUAGACCAGGUGAUUCGGAUGACGAAAGCGAUGAUGAGUCCUCUACCAGCAAAUGGAGUGGUCCUCAGCUGGAUGAACUGGAUGAGAUGGAAUUACAAUGUAUUAAAAACGAAAAGAUUCUUCGCAAGGAACAGAAUAAGCGAACUCGGCAAAAGUUCUACAAGUCCCAAGCAAUCCAUGAGGCUCUAGAUCCCCUGAACGAUAUGGCUAAAAUUCUUAAUGUCGUGGGUGCGUAUGAACGCGAGACAGACAAGGAGAAGUUUUGCGUAGAAAAUUUUGUCCGAUACAAAGCAAUGCAGGAAAUCCAUCAACUUCGUGGGCAACUUACACGCUUGGUUCAAGAUAGCUUUGCCAAUAGUCCUACAGUAUCUUCGCUAGUCUUUGAUCCUUACAUGGAGAAACCCACGUCCAGACAACUGACUGCUAUACGUCAGAUUGUAGCAUGUGCAUUUUUAGAUCAGGUCGCUGUUCGUAAAGAUUUGGUUGGCACAGUAGAAGAGCACUAUUCCAAAAAGGCCAAGGCAGUACCUUAUGUGACAAUGUGGUCCAAAGAGAGCGUAUACAUCCAUCCGAGCUCGGCUCUGUUCGGCCUCAAUAUGGAAAAGGCACCUCCUAUGGUCGUAUAUCAGGAUCUACAGAGAACGGUUAAGGCAGUAGAGAUCGAGGGCAAGCCUUCCAAGACUUACCUCAAGGGUUUGACGGUCAUAGAACCAAAGUGGAUGGCUGCACUUGCUAAUGGCACUGGCCUUAUUCGUGCAUCCAAGGAGCGGAUCAUUAAAAUUGACGACAAGACACAAAAAGCCAUGACAGACAUCACAUUUGGUCCGAAUUACUGGCCACUACCACCAAUAGAAAUCUGGCAGAGACGGGAAGGAACACGUUUGGUGCCCAUGACCAAGGCUGAGAUUACAGCUAAGAAACUUCAGAUUAGCCGCAAAGCCAACCGAUAGAAGACAC